AUGCCCGCCGGCGGCCCGGGCCCCGCCGCCCCGUCCGCGCGCUGGCCGCGGCCGCUGCUGCCGCUGCUGCUGCUCUGCGUCCUCGGGGCGCCGCGAGCCGGAUCCGGAGCCCACACAGCCGUGAUCAGCCCCCAGGACCCCACGCUUCUGGUGGGCUCCUCUCUGCUGGCCACGUGCUCGGUGCACGGAGACCCGCCCGGGGCCACGGCGGACGGCCUCUACUGGACCCUGAAUGGACGCCGCCUGCCCCCCGAGCUCUCCCGAGUGCUCAACGCCUCCACCCUGGCCCUGGCCCUGGCCCACCUCAAUGGGUCCAGGCAGCAGUCUGGGGACAAUCUGGUGUGCCAUGCCCGGGACGGCAGCAUCCUGGCGGGCUCCUGUCUCUAUGUGGGCUUGCCUCCGGAGAAACCUUUUAACAUCAGUUGCUGGUCCAAGAACAUGAAGGACCUGACCUGCCGCUGGACGCCCGGGGCACGUGGGGAGACCUUCCUGCACACCAACUACUCCCUCAAGUACAAGCUGAGGUGGUACGGACAGGACAACACGUGUGAGGACUACCACAGCGUGGGCUCGCACUCCUGCCACAUCCCCCGCGACCUAGCCCUCUUCACGCCCUACGAGAUCUGGGUGGAGGCCUCCAACCGCCUGGGCUCAGCCCGCUCCGACGUGCUCACCUUGGACGUGCUGGACGUGGUGACCACCGAUCCCCCACCCGACGUGCACGUGAGCCGCGUGGGGGGCCUGGAGGACCAGCUGAGCGUGCGCUGGGUGUCUCCGCCCGCCCUCAAGGACUUCCUCUUCCAAGCCAAGUACCAGAUCCGCUACCGCGUGGAGGACAGCGUGGACUGGAAGGUGGUCGAUGAUGUCAGCAACCAGACCUCCUGCCGUCUGGCCGGUCUGAAACCGGGCACAGUGUACUUCGUGCAAGUCCGCUGCAACCCGUUUGGUAUUUACGGCUCCAAGAAAGCUGGGAUCUGGAGCGAGUGGAGUCACGCCACCGCAGCCUCCACCCCCCGGAGCGAGCGGCCGGGCCCGGGCGGGGCGUGCGAGCCCCGGGGCGGCGAGCCCAGCUCGGGCCCGGUGCGGCGCGAGCUCAAGCAGUUCCUGGGCUGGCUGAAGAAGCACGCGUACUGCUCCAACCUCAGCUUCCGCCUCUACGACCAGUGGCGCGCCUGGAUGCAGAAGUCGCACAAGACCCGCCACCAGGACGAGGGGAUCCUGCCCUCGGGCCGAAGGGGCGCGGCGAGAGGUCCUGCCAGAUAAGCUGUAGGGACCCGAAGCAGACGGCACCCUCCUCCCCCCGCAUGGCGGGGCGCAGGGGGGCCGAGCUCCCGCCGCCGCCGCCCGGAGGACGAGGGAGGCGUCCCUGUGCCCCGUGCGGGGCGCACGGCCCCUCUCCAGGCCCCCCCAGUCUUUCCAAAUAAAGGAGUUGUUCCGGUGCUCCA